UCGCAGUGGUGACAAUAAUGGCAGAGCAGGAGAGAAGCAGGACUGCUAUUGCUAUAUAAAUUCAACUCCCUCUGCCUACUUGUCUACUCGCUCACGACCGUUAACUAAAGGUAGUUCAGUUGGUUAGAGGGCCAAAAUGGCUCUCUUGCUUUAUUCCUCGCCUUCCUCGCUCAUCUCCUUCUUCCACUGUCUUUCCCUGUUCUUCUUCAUCUACCUCAGCUCCUCCAUUGCCCUUGCCUUCCCUGUCCACCAACAAGAGCACCAUCCACACCACAUUGCAGCUACCCAUGACUACAGUGAUGCCCUCACCAAGUCUAUUCUUUUCUUUGAGGGUCAAAGGUCGGGAAAGCUUCCUCCAAACCAGAGGUUGAAAUGGAGGAGAGACUCUGGCCUUUCUGAUGGCACCGAGAUGCAAGUAGAUUUGGUUGGUGGUUACUAUGACGCAGGGGAUAACGUGAAGUUCGGAUUCCCCAUGGCUUUCACUGCUACCAUGCUCUCUUGGAGUGUGAUUGAGUUUGGUGGCAUGAUGAAGGCUGAGCUCCAAAACGCAAGGGAAGCCAUUCGAUGGGCUACUGAUUACCUCCUCAAGGCUACUGACCAUCCCAAUACUAUAUACGUUCAGGUGGGGGAUGCGAACAAAGACCAUGCUUGCUGGGAGAGACCAGAGGAUAUGGACACUCCAAGAACAGUUCUCAAGAUUGACGAAAGCAACCCCGGUUCCGAUGUCGCCGCCGAGACCUCCGCUGCUCUUGCCGCUGCUUCCAUUGUCUUCAGACGAGACGAUCCCAUUUACUCUCGAAUACUUAGAAAGAGAGCCAUCCAAGUGUUUGCAUUUGCUGACAAGUACAGGGGCCCUUACAGCAACGGAUUAAAGACCUUUGUUUGCCCCUUUUACUGCUCCUACUCCGGCUAUCAGGACGAACUGCUGUGGGGAGCCGCAUGGCUUCACAAGGCGACCAGGAACCCCGUUUAUUUGAACUACAUUCAAGCUAAUGGACAAAUCCUCGGCGCCGAUGAGUCUGACAACACCUUCGGCUGGGACAACAAGCACGUCGGAGCUCGUAUCCUUCUCUCUAAGGCAUUCCUUGUUCAAAACCUCAAAUCUCUCCACGACUACAAAGGCCACGCUGACAACUUUAUCUGCUCCCUUAUCCCGGGAGCCUCCUCACAAACCCAAUACACCCCAGGCGGCCUACUCUUCAAGAUGAGCGACAGCAACAUGCAGUAUGUCACAUCAACUUCCUUUCUCCUCCUCACCUACGCAAAAUACCUAACUUUCUCCUCCAAGUUGGUAACUUGCGGUGGAGCAACGGUCACCCCGCAUAAGCUUCGCGCAAUUGCUAAGCGACAAAUCGAUUAUCUCCUCGGCGAUAAUCCUCUGAGAAUGUCUUACAUGGUGGGGUACGGGUCGCGAUACCCUGAGAGAGUCCACCACAGGGGAUCCUCGCUGCCAUCAGUUGCAGAUCACCCACAACGCAUACCAUGCUCCGCGGGAUUCGCGGCACUGAGUUCGUCGGCGCCUAACCCGAACGUUCUCGUUGGCGCGGUUGUAGGCGGGCCCGAUGCUCAAGACCGUUUUCCUGACGAGCGGUCUGAUUAUGUGCAGUCGGAGCCGGCAACGUAUAUUAACGCUCCACUUGUUGGGGCUCUGGCUUACCUCGCUCAUUCAUCCGGUCAGCUUUGAUUUUGAGUUAUUUAGCCGUUAAGUUCUUGCUAACUAGUGUAGUUGGUUUAUGGUAAAUUGUCAAGUGGACCCCGGUGCGUCUAAAGCAAGGGCACGCGAGGGUUAUAUUGAUAAUUGUUGUGUGAAACCUUUAGUAUUGUUGUGCUUUAGUUUUAUUUUUUUAUUUUAGUGGCUAUGUGGGGCUUGUUUGUGUUGGCCUGCCUUUCGUAAACGUGUAGUGAAGCUGACUAAUGAGAGGGCUUCUUGUUUUGCUUAACAAAAUUACUGUUAAGAGACUAUCUUGGUGAUUCAGUUAG